GCCUUCGCCGUAAAGCGCCGUCGGCGAGCCCACGUGCUUGUGUUGACUGGGUAACUUCCUGGUGAAAAACGCGAGUCCUGCAAGUGGGCAAACUUGACGUUUCGCUAUGGGCAAACGCGGGAGCCGGAGUCAGAGUCAGCUGCUCAAUACCCUAACUAAAAAGCAGAAGAAACAUCUUAGAGAUUUCGGCGAGGAGCAUCCCUUCUAUGACAGGGUAUCCAGAAAGGAAGCAAAACCACGGAUUUGUCAACUGUCAGAGAGUUCAGAUACUUCAGAUUCUGAAAGUGAAUCAGAGAGUGAACCAGAACAAGUUUCUGGCUACCACAAACUGCUUGCUACAUUAAAGAAUGUUUCUGAGGAAGAAGAGGAAGAUGAGGAGGAGGAGGAGGAAGAAGAAGACAGUAUUAUAGAUGAUGCAGAAAUGAACGAUGAAGGUGGUGGUAGUGAUUUCAGUGUAGAAGAAGAGAUGGCAGCAGAGUCUACUCAAAGUCCAGAUACAGAUGUGGCUUUAUCUGCGGACCCUGAGGGAAAAGAAGAUGAGGAAGCGCCACCAGGCACAUCAAAAGCAUCCUCCGAUGAGUUCACAGAUGCAAAACAUGAGUCACUGUUUAGCCUGGAAACCAACUUUCUAGAAGAGGAAAGUGGAGACAAAUCUUCGAAAGCAUCACAAGAUCCAUUUCUUCAACAUGUGAACAAAGAACUGAAAGAAAAAGAAAUUCAGGCUGUUGCCACAAAUCCUAAAACUACCCAUGAACUUAAAUGGCCUAUCCUGGGUCAGCUUGUCUUUUCCUCUAAGUUUCAAAAGUUGGAAACAUUUAAACCCCCAAAGGAUAUUGACUUAAAGUCACUCCAUCUCCAGAAGCCUCUGGAAUCCACCUGGACUAAGACCAACAGCCAGUUCCUAUCUGGUCCCCAAAAAUCAAGUAGUCCAUUCACCCCAUUCCAGAAAGAGCUCUUCUUAAUUAUGAAUUCUUACCGGGACCUGUUCUACCCAGAAAGGACCUCCCUGAAGAACGGGGAAGAGAUCCGCCAUGUGUACUGCCUACAUGUGGUAAAUCAUGUCCUUAAAGCCAAUGCCCAGGUGCUGGGCAACAAUAGCAAACGCCGAAGCCAGAAGUUUGGAGUGGGUGAUGAUGAUGAUUUCAGAGACCAAGGAUUAACAAGGCCCAAGGUGCUGAUAGUGGUGCCGUUCCGGGAAGCUGCUUUGCGGGUGGUGCAGCUCUUCAUCAGCCUCCUCGAGGGUGACAGCAAGAAGAAAAUCAUUGUGAGCAACAAAAAGAGGUUUCAGGGAGAAUAUGGAUCAGAUCCCGAGGAGAGACCACCCAACUUGAAGAGACCUGAGGAUUAUGAAGCCGUGUUUGUGGGCAACAUUGAUGACCACUUUAGGAUUGGAGUGGCAAUACUUCAGAGAAGCAUCCGGCUCUAUGCCCCAUUUUACUCGUCAGAUAUCCUCAUUGCUUCCCCUCUGGGCUUGAGGACCAUCAUUGGUGGAGAAGGAGAGAAGAAGAGAGAUUUUGACUUUCUGUCUUCUAUCGAGCUUCUCAUCAUUGAUCAAGCUGACAUUUACCUGAUGCAGAACUGGGAGCAUGUCCUGCAUUUGAUGAAUCACAUGAACCUACUGCCCCUGGAUUCACAUGGGGUAGACUUUUCUCGAGUGCGGAUGUGGAGCCUUAAUAAUUGGUCCAAGUACUAUCGCCAAACACUGCUGUUUGGGGCCCUUCAGGAUGCCCAGAUCAACUCAGUGUUCAACAAGUACUGCGUCAACAUGCAAGGCCAGGUGGCUGUGAGGAAUGUCCCAAUGACAGGUUCCAUCAGUCAUGUCCUGGUGCAGCUCCCACAUGUCUUCCAGAGGAUGGAAGCUGAAAACCUAGCUUCAGUGAUUGAUGCCAGGUUUAACUUUUUUGUGAACAAGAUUUUGCCGCAGUACCGUGAUGCAGUCAUGUCUCACACGCUCAUCUAUAUCCCCUCCUACUUUGACUUCGUGCGUCUUCGAAAUUACUUCAAGAAGGAGGAACUGAAUUUUACCCACAUCUGCGAGUACACGCAGAAAGCUGGUGUCUCCAGGGCCAGACACUUCUUCCUUCAAGGAGAGAAACAGUUUCUGCUUUUCACAGAGCGCUUCCAUUUCUACAAAAGGUAUACAAUCAAAGGCAUCAGGAACCUUAUUUUCUAUGAACUGCCGACAUAUCCACACUUCUACAGUGAAAUCUGUAAUAUGCUGAGAGCCACCAACAGAGGAGAGGAAGCCACGUGGACCUGCACUGUUCUCUACUCCAAGUAUGAUGCCCAGAAGUUAGCAGCUGUGGUUGGUGUGGAGCGGGCGGCACAGAUGCUACAGUCCAAGAAGAAUGUCCACCUCUUUAUUACUGGAGAAAAAUGAGAUUUUUGUUGAACAGGAAACGGCAUUUGGCAUGUUACAUAAUCCUUCCUUCUGUGCCACUUGGUCUCAGUUCUGAUUACUUGCAGGAGAAGCAUUGAUGCAAAGAAAGAGCAUGAGGCAAUGUCAGUAUUAUCUGACAUUUCUUUCUUUUCAGGUCAUGUGUCCCUGAAAAGUUACAUUUAAACCAUAUUUUGGUAAAUCACAUAUUUGAGAGGACGAGAGGGGGCUAGAAAGACUCUGGGAAGUUGGAACAAGAAAACUUUCACUUUGAAUAUUUGAGACAAGGACUCUGGGAAGUUGGAACAAGAAAACUUUCACUUUGAAUAUUUGAGACAAGGACUCUGGGAAGUUGGAACAAGAAAACUUUCACUUUGAAUAUUUGACACAUGGAUUCUUUUAUUACAGAUACCUCUAAUUGAUACAUUUAGUAAAUUAGUUCCGAUUUUUCUAUUUGUUUGACACUUUUUUAAAGUAAGGCAUACUCAUUGUUGCUUGUGAAAACUGGUUAUGAGACAUUGGAAUACUUCUUACUGUUACAUGUCAUCUUAAUUUUGGAUGGCAUGGGUUUUGUAAAACUUAUUUUCCCCCAAUCAAACUUUUUAAAACCUUAAAUAGUCUAAAUUCAGCCUAGAAGAGUACAUUGAUUCACUGAUCUUUUUAUAUACUCGUAAUAAUUAAUGUUUUUAGUUUUGUUCAAAUAUAUGCUUAAUAUCACAUUAUAUAAAAAUAUCUGCUCUGUUUCAAGAAGUAACUUUCUUGAAACUCCAUCUUAAAAUAUCCAUCUUUAACAGUAGUGUCUUUAUAAUAACUAGUCACUUUUUGAGUCAUAACAGAUACAAAUAAAAAGGAAAUUACACUUUUAAAAACAUUUUUAUUUUGAAACAUUCCCAAACAGAAAAAAUCACAAGUACAGAACCUGAACCAUUUGAGAGUAAGUUGCCCCCACCCAAUGGGCCUAUCACCUUUAAAUACUUGAGUAUAUAUUUCCUGUAAACAGUUAAGGGUAUUGUUUCUGAUUAGGAGUGCCCCACCAAUAAGGAUAAUGCAGAUAUUCCAAACUCCAAAAAAAUCUGAAAUAUCCCUGGUCCCAAGCAUUUCAGAGAAGAGACAUUCAACCCAUCCUAGUGUGGACUUGUAGUUUCUUCUUUGAUUCGGUGGGUUACAGUUCGUUCCAUCAUUAUUUCUUUAGAUGCUUAACUGGCCUCAAAUAUGGCCAGUGGGAGCACCUUCAAGUUAGCCCCUGUGUACUUUUGACAUGUCCCCCGGCUACUUGGUCACUGCUGUAUUUUUUGACAAUAAGACAUUCCAAGUUUCUCUCCUGCAGCCCUGCUUGCUUUUAGUAGGACGUGAUUUUAAAAGGUUAGAUGGGAAUGCCUUCUGUCAUGGUGCCACUCAUCCCAGGCUCCGUGGUCAGAGCUAGGGAAUUGUGUACAUGUAUACACACACAUAUGUACACACAUUGUCUAAAUUUGCUUCACAUUAAUAACCAAAUUUACUUUCAUAUCCAUAUACUGAAAACCAUGAAUUCACACCAGAACCUCCAGUUCUAGUCCAACAACACAGGGUUGCUUCUCAUUUGCUUUCUUUCCAUUUUGAUAAGUCCUUUCUCAGACAGUGGCUCCCUUUAUCCUCCGUGUAAUAACCCGUGAUUGGCACACAUUUUUUUUUUAUCUUUGGGCACACUUAAAGUCGCUUAUCCAAAAAAAAGUAAAAUCACUUUUGAGGUAGUAUUUCUGCUAAAUAUUUAGACAUUUUGACUUCUGUCUUUUUCUUCAGCAUGGUAAGUAAAACCGUUUAUUCCAUAUUUAGAUGGUUUUCUAAAUUUCAGAAAAUUUAGUUGAUGGAUAAAAGUCAACCGAACUCAUGCUACAAAGAACUUUAUAUCUAUAGGCAUGCCCUAUGUUUACUGGCAUAAUGGUGCUGCUGCUUAGACCAUAGAUCCUGUAUAUUAUGAGAAAAGAAAUGAGUAUUUGCCUAGUUGGGAAAUGUGAAGUGAAGGGAGUGUGAUUACCUUUUUCUUUUUUUUUUUUUUUUUUUUUGAGAUGCAGUCUCACUCUUGCCCAGGUUAGAGUGCAAUGGCACAAACUCGGCUCAGUGCUCUCUGUGCCUCCCGAGUUCAAGCAAUUCUCGUGCCUCAGCCUCCCAAGUAGCUGGGACUACAGGCGCGUGCCACCCUUCCUGGCUAAUUUUUUUUAUUUUUAAUAGAGAUGGGUUUUUGCCAUGUGUAAUGGAACAGAAGGAGUUAAUUAAGUUUACAAGUCAUGGACAGACUUUAUGUUGUCUUCAUUUCCUUAUCAUUGGGAGUAUUCCGAGCUCAGAAUUUUCCCAAUGCAAAAAAAGGCUCUGAAGAGCCGGACCUGGGAACCUGGCCAGUUCCCUGAUCCAAUUUUUGGUAAACACCUCAAGGAUGUUAGUUACAUGAUGAAGACAUGGACAGUGUCCUGACUUGACCCUUUUUUGUUUUAAAAAGUAUAAAAGAUUGUUUAGCAGAAGCCGAACUGAGCUUCGAUGGUGAUUUGGUUUGGACUUGCGAAAACCUGUGCUGCUUUAUUGCCGGUGUUGAAGUUUGUGAGCGUCUCUAGGUAUCCUUGUAAAUAAAUUCUUUUUCUUUCUUUGUAAAUAAACUCUUUUUCUCUAUA